AUGGCGACGCGGCUGUGCCGGGCGCGGGGCCGCCGCCAUUUUGUGCAGCGGGCAGCGAGGCGCCCGCGCGCCAGCGGGGAGCGGCGCCAUUUCCUGCCCUCCCCCGGCGCGCGCCGGCAGCGCCUGAGGCGGCGGGGACGGGCAGGGCACGGUGAGGGCACCGACAGCGGCCCCCGGGCCUCCGGGGAGCGGAUCCGGCACCACCGGGGCCAUCCGAUCUCCCCUGGGCCGUGCGCGGGCCCCGCGGGGCCGCACGGCCGGGCCGGGACCAGCGAGCGCUCUGCCCUUCCCCUCCCGGCCUCCUGCCGCGGUAUCUCCGGCUGCCAUUCCAGCCCCGCUCUGAGGGAGAAGGACGCUGUCCUUAAAGCUGUGCUUGGGAGUGUUAUCCUUACGAGAUUUUUAGCCUUCUCACUGCUGCUGUCACAUCUUCUGCCACGAGGCCCAAAAUGGCUCAUCUGUCCUCAAAGCUUCUCAUGCAUUUUUAGGAUGCAUGUGAAGGUAAGCAGAUGCCCAAGCAGCAGAUGUUCAGAAAUGAUUUGUCAAACUGGGUGUUCCCAAGCAAUGCAAGGAGAAGGCAUGCUGGAAGCACAUCUGUCAGCUUCUUCUACAAAAAUAAAACCCUGUCUAGAGCUUCCCUGGGGGCCCGAGCACACCUGGAUGUGCCCGUGAGUUACAGUCACAAACCCCCAGUGAGUUCUGCUCUGUGCAGCCCCUAAAGCUGCACAGCAACCAUCCCAAGUCUCACACCACCACGAGGAUGGAUAUUCCCAUCCCAUCCAAGGCUUCUGUAGUCAGGCUUUUCCACCUCAGGGGCUUUGCUUUCCAAGUGUCCCU